ACAGUCUGUGACAACAAAAAAAACGUUUUAGCAUCUGCCGAUUUCUUGUAUAUUUUUUAAUUAACAAAAAGUGUUUGCAAACGCAGCCGUCAAAAUUGGCUCGAAGCACCGCCUCAGAGAUUAUUACCUAAGGAUGACUUUGGUGGGCUUGGCAGCGCGCAAGCUGGCACAAAAGCAGCGCACUGCGAAAUUGGCUGCCGCUUUUCCAAAUGGCAUUCGCUGUCAGAAGUGCCUGAAUUUAGGGCACUGGAGCUACGAGUGCAAGGAGAAACGGAAAUAUGUGCACCGCAGUUCGCGCACAAAGCAACUGAGCAAACAUUUGGCCGAAAAGAGCGCCAAUGCCGUCGCCGCCGACUCAAUGUCAGCGGCAAAUGAGAUGCGUUCGCUGGAUGCCGGCUCAGAAGUACGUCACGAUGGCGACAAAGAGAAGCGCGCUAAGCGGAAACGGAAACGCAGCAAUAGUUCCUCAUCAUCCAGUUCGUCGGAUAGUUCGAAUAGCAGUUCGGACUCAUCGAAUUCAGAAUCGAGCAGCAGCGGCGAUUCGGAUAGUUCCAGCUCCGAUGAUGAUGAUGACAGCUCCUCGGCUGGUGGAUCAGGUUCUUCUAGCGACAGCAGUGACAGCGAUGGCAACUCUACUACCAGCAGCGAUAGCGCCGACGAACCAGAAAUCUCUUCACCCAAGAAGAAGAAAAGACGCGAUAGCUCUGCGGAGUCAUCCGAUGCCUAAAUCGACUAUAAUCUAUACGGUGUAAUAUUGUGUUUUAACAUAAAUAUGCGUAUUAUGCAUAUACAUAAAUAGCUUUAGUAGUUUA